AUGGGAUACAUCGAUUAUGGCCUAAUGGCUAAGAAAUACUGGACCGCUGAAUCCGGCGACACCUUCUACCAUACGGCAUUAAUAAUCACCUGUACGUGCAUGGUCUUUGCCAUGUUCCCUCAUAGCCUCAUGGCAGUUACGAUAUUGCUCGAUCGACUCAACGCGCAUCUUGAACAGCUCACAAGCGAUGCGGCGUUCUGGGCUUCGCCGAAGCUCCAAGUGUUGGCCAGGAUGAUGGGCUUCUCGUUGCCGAAGUCUAUACUCAAUUCGGUUCUUUUGUAUGGUCUACGCGUUCUUUUUGGACGUGUGGAUCGGGUAGCAACAAGAAUGCUUCCAGGAAAGCUGCAGUCGGUGCUAGGGCUUCUAUCAACGGCGCAGGCGGGCGCACACAAGGCCAUCAUGGCAGGUACUUUCGAAGAGUACCCGGAACCGCCAGUGACUUCAGAGGGGUUCAUCAGCAGCGGCACACAAGGAGGAGAGCAGCAGCAUGUCGGGCUUCCAGCUACUACAAGCCAGCUUAUGGACUCGUCCUUACUGGACCAUCCAAGAUCGACCAUACGUGCUCGGUCUUCGCCUGUUGGAAGCCAACAUACAGGUCCGUCUUCGCCGAAAGACACAAGAAUCGCCGGACAAGAGGGUGCCUCGCAAUCUGCAUCCCGACCCACGAUGGCAAUGUGUCGAGCGCGAGGCUUAACUCGCCAACCUGGCCCUCGGCCCUCAAAAGUAGCAAUAGAUGAUGAACGUAACCAGAGCGAUUCGUCAGAUUCCAGCUGCCAACAGAGAACACCCACGCUGGCGCUCGACUCCUCUGUUCAUGCUGUGGCACGACAAGUCACACAUCUUCGUGGCCAAUGUCUACAUCUUUGGGGCGAUUAUCUUGCUAUCGAAAAGCAAGGCCGAGCUGGUAGAACGAUCGACUUUCUAUGGCUACCACGCAAGAUUACGCAGCAGAUUCAAGCUAUCGUCAGUCGACUCGAAAGAGUUACUUCUGCUGCUGCAGGAAGUGACUGUUCGCCUUUCGCUGCACACCCGACUGUGGAGUGCGAACUGAUGGAAGUUGUGGGGCUGCUUGAGCUGCUCCAAGACGACAUUACCAGCACAGAUCAUGAGACAGCAAUAUCACCGGAAUCUGUGGAGAUACACAGUACAGUGGGCAUGGACGACGUUGUGGAGUCGAUCGAAGGACCCGACGGACAGAAGUCCCAAGCUCGAUGUCGGGAACUCCAACCUUUGAUACAACAGACUGUAGGGAUCGCGAAUAUCCUCGCAGGCCUGAAGGGUGAAUCUGUGGAGAUCUACAAUGAUCAUCCGUACUACCAGCUCAACCACAUCUUGAGCCUCAUUCCAUUGAGGCCGACCGGCAUGAACGCACAGGGAGAAAGUUAUCAUCCGAAGAAGUGGCAGACUCCAGCCCCAAUCGUAGAAGAGGGGGAUGUUCCAACACCAGCGGAGGCGGAGGUCAUUGCAGUGCAUCAAGCUCCCGAUCCACAAGUCGCAGAACAGCUAUUUCACGAAACAGCGAUUACAGACUCGUCAUUUACGAAGGAGGGCCAGUCGACCUCCAUGCAGCGAAGAGAACUCAGAGAAGCUACCAAGAAUAUAGCGGAGCAGGCCGCGAGGUUGGAAGCCCAAGCUGCUGAGUGGAAGGAAGGCGAGUACUACAGGCUGAGGCAGCAGGUUCGCAACGAACUGCUGACAGAAGAGUGGUGGAGAAAAGCCGCUACAUCAAAGCAGCCGUAUGCGACCGAGGUGGGAGACGAGGGAUACCAGACGCAAAGUGAUCAAAGUCGUGCCUCCAGUCAAAGUCCUCUCUCGGACUAUCUUGACGACGGACUGUCGGACUACAGGGAAGAGGACUACAGGGAAGAGGACUACAGGGAAGAGGACUACAGGGAAGAGGACUACAGGGAAGAGGACUACAGGGAAGAUAGCAGCCGUGAGCAAUCACAGACCUCACACCAAGGACAUUCGCCUCAGCAAAUGGAACCAGGACGGGAUCGCUCUGAAGAGGACUCUCAUUCUGAAGCAUCUUCUUCGACUCAUCAUCCUCAGCACCGUAAUUCAGGUCGUGGAGGAAACCAAGAGUCGAUCAACGCUCCAUCCCAAAACAUCCCGGCAAAUAACGCACCAAGCAAUAAUGAGCGCAGCUUGUCGGACCAGAACGCAUCGCAACCAGGACAAGCAUCUCGUGGGAAUCACCGGAACUCUCCGAAAGGCAGACAGCAAGGUUCGCCGCAGGCUCAUGCUCGGCAAUCUGGCACACCGCAGGGAGGAAUACUCCAAGGUCGGACCCAAGCUGAGAUUGACGCAAGUCUAGCGGAGGCAAGAUCGGCGCAGCUCCUGGCGUGCAUCAUUCGCUGUUACUUGGUCGCCAUCGCGGGCAUCCAGCAUGCUGUCGAAGCAUUUCCAUGUCUGAUUGCGGAGAUCCCAUGGCUGGCAGCGGAGACUGGAUCUUUUACACUGCGACUUCUUCUGUUGUUGGUAGACUUCGGUCAAAGAAUGAUCACCGCACUCGCAGGCAUGUCAUUGACUGGCCUCACCGACUUCGCCAUGCCUUGUAUCGCUGCACUUUGUCAAGCUACGCUCGCCGGGUCCUGGUUCCUUGCUCGGCACGGCUACAGCAUCUGGCGCUCGGUGGUAGGUGAAACAAUCACAGUCAUUGGUCCUUACCUGAUCGCCCUCUUCUGCCUUCUCGUACUCAUGAUCGGCUUGGAAGUGGUGUUCCCUUCCCAGCCACCGCGGCAGGCUCUCACUACUGCCAUUGCCGGGCCUGCAGCUGCUCCGGAGCCAGCGAUUCCGCUGUCACAUCGAUCUGCGAUGGCCCAACGGGUGGAGGCAAUCAACCAGCUGUUUGGUCGACAAAGAACUGCAAAAGCUCAGUCUCACUCUCGUGACAGCAGAUCAGGGAAUCCUCCGCGCCAAAUCAGAAGCGGCGAAACGACAACGCCCAAGGAUACUUUCAAGGCACAGAUCUACAUAUAUGGACUCGAAGGAAAUACACUCACGAAGAAGAGGAAGCAAAGCAUCUCGUACAACGGCGGACUGGACAAGGACGUUGUCGGGCGUCAGCGAUGUUCCUCUGACCAUGGCAAUGACACAGCUCGGCAGGACCUCGAGUUGAAGAAGAAGGCAAACUCGGAUACGAAGAAACCACGGCGCUUCUCUGGGCUAAGACUGCGAGCUUACGUGCCUAGACAACCUACAACAGCCGAGUACCUGGAAGCGGACAGAGAUGCCGAGGCGAUGCCAGGCAACGACGAUCCUCCUCGACACACGACAGAGGAUGGCACAGGCAGUCUCGCCUGCGCGACGGGGGUUGUCAAGAAGGAUCCCGAGUUGUGUCUCAAUAAGGAUGAGCCGUCGACAUCGACUCUCCCUGAUAGCAAAACCAGUUGCGGCGAACGUGAAGAAGAAACGCAGGAGGAAUGCAGAAAAGCUGAGGUCCCCCGUCUCGACCGGCCGUGCUUGUCUGAAGAACCUCCAGCAGAAGAUCCCGCGCCCUCUUCCACAGUCAUUCCCAGCUCCCCGACCUCGUCGACCCAAGCCCCUGCAGGUAUUCGAAUGGACACAACACCACUGCUAGAGGAACCGACGACCGCCUCACCGACAUCGAGUCCAGAAGUCGUAUCCCGUGGAAGAGGCCCACAGACAAACGGCACAGUCGCGCUUCCAAAUUCAGACCAAGAAGAUGCAACUGAAUCCGACUCGUUCAGCGAAGAAGGUGGCCGUGGGGGCAUAUCACUUCAUGACGACGAGCACGAUGAGUCUCCCGAGCGAAUCAUAUAUCAAGAUCGAAAACGCAUGUGA